AUUGUAAAGAAACUUACCAGUUGGUUAUUUUAUUUUGUACUGGUAUUUUUCGAUGGACUCCGGAUCAUCUAGCCCGAUGAUGGGGAGGUUCACCACGUCCUGGAAGCUUUUGGCAAUAAGCUUAUCUGUACUAGCCGUGCUCUCGCCUCUCUACAUUGACAGCUUAUCAGAGGAAGAUCUAGAAGAGGAAGAAGAACUCUUCAGCUUUAUGUUUUCGCUCUCCGUGCUUCUCCUAUUGUUGAUAUUGGCCAUAGCCUUCUCCCUAUAUUAUGAUCCGAGCUUGACCAGGUUUGAUCCUUACUGGAUUCACAGGCUAUGUGGCUCGUUUGGUGGGUUGCUGGUCAUCCUUAUCAUUCUUGUUUUCGUCUUGAUGUGCAAAGCCUCUGAUUAGAAUCUGAGUGCAAGCUGUUAUGACGCCACAAGUGAGAAG